AUGAAACGAUCAUCAGGUGGAAUCGGUAGAUCUGAAAAACAGAAACGUACAAAAUCCUAUCAUUGCUCCAAAAAUCGUUAUGGAGGUAGCAGUCCUUUCAGUAUUCAACAAGGCAUGGCCGGUAUACUUGUCAUGUGUACUCGAACAAAAGAAGCAAGAGCAGCCAAGGAAGCUAUCGAUCUCUUCAAUCAGUAUGCGGAUCAAUUCUAUCCAGAAACAAUUUCUCUAUAUCAACAAAAAGACGAAGAAAAUGAUAAAAAUGAAGAAGAAGAAAAAGACGAAGGUGAUUUAGAAGCUUCGAUUGCAAAAGAACUAGAAGGACUCAAAGAUACCAAAAACAACAAGGAACGGUUCACUAAUAUUUCCACUGGAACGGAUUGUAUGUUGUUUAUCAAGACGUGUCCUGAAAUUGAACCUGCUCAAUUUGUUCAUGAUAUAUUGACUGACAUGGCAGAGAAACAAAUCAAGAAAACAAGAUGUAUUUCAAGAAUUUUACCAGUACAACGAACAUGUUCAGCCAAUAUUCCUGAAAUGGAACGUGUUUCUAAACUAGUGAUUCAUCCUCAAUUCAAUACAAAGGACGAUGAUGGAAACAUUGUUCCCAAAGUGUUUAGUGUGGUGGCUCGCUUACGAAACUGUACAAAGUUGGAUCGUUUGGAUGUGGUCAAGGCAUUUGCUACAUCUAUUGGACCUGAUCACAAGGUGGAUUUAGCUAAUCCGGAUUAUGUGAUCUUAGUAGAUAUUACAAGAGUAAGUUACUGA